ACAAGCAAAAUGGCGUGCGGAAGCAGCCAUUUAGUUAUAGGUUGCCUUGUGCUUAUUUUCUUUGCGACACAACAAGUUUCUUCAGAGAUAUGCGCUCCAAUCGACAAGGACAUCAAUAUUCUGAAAGAGUAAGUGGAAAAUCGAUUGAGGUUAUCGUAUUGAUCAAAUGUUUGAGGGCGUCCUAUAUUAUACGAGUGUACGUACGGUAUUGGUAAUGUACACAAUAACGAAGAACUUAAUCUUAUAUAGUGCGGUUUUUAAAACACACAGAAUCUUAAGCGUCAAAGUUUACGUGUCUUUAGUAUAAUUGCAAGGUAUUAUCGAUCCAGUUUUUAUAUUUGAACACACAAUUAUCUGGGUUAUGUUAUUGGCCAACCUACUUCGUAAUGCAAGAUCAUGCAGUACACAAAUGCUACACUGAUCUUAUAUUCUGUUUAAUUUCACCCGCAAGCAAACUGUUCCAUCUCCUGUCUAUAUUUGCACAUAUAAUGUUCUUAUCCACGAUUAUCUCUUUCUCUUUCGGUCAAUUUGUUUUUACCGUAGUAGAAAAACUGGACAAGCAUUAUGCACUGUGCUAUAAGCUGAAUUUAGAGAUAUUAGUCCACCACUUACCCAAGCAAAGAACUUACUAACCCCUUACACCCUAACAUCAGUAUGCAUGUUCUUCAUACUGUUCUCUUUACAUUUCCUGAGGUGCUGACAAGGAGAAUUUGUUUAACAAUUAAGAGACUCUUCAGUGGGUGAUCAUUUCCUUUAUUCUCCAGACCUCAGUGGGUGAUUCAGGGAUGUAAUCGUAAGGAGAAACUAGAUGCUAGUCACCUAAGGGGUCAAAUGGGUUAAUUGCCAGAGAGCUUGAGGAUGAAUUUAGAAGGCUUUGUCAUUAACAGUUAGAAUAUUGAUUUUAUUGUAUCUGAUGAUAUGCAUUUUUAUCUAAUUUCCAGUCAAAACUUUUGGACAUUUGAGGUGCCUCAUGUAGAGAAAGGAUGCAUACCUUUCAAACCACCAAUUUCUGGUGAGGAAAAUGUCACCUCCACCUGUGUUUUCUAUUUUUCCCUUUGCCAUCCAGUUCCUAGUCUCUGCACUGAAAAUUGUGGAAUUUGUUUGACCAACAAGGUCUCUUUCUGGGGGCAUGACUACGACAGCAAGACCCUUUAUACUAUGCCAAAAAAAACUGGUGGCUUUGACCCAAACAAAAAAGUUAACUUUGAUUCAAGUAAGUUUGAAUUUUAUUAUUUUUAUUCGACUCCGUAACCAGUGGAAAUCGUGUUUUUUGAUAGACAUUGUAGUUAUUUCUUUGUAUCUAAUUUCAUAUUUUACAUUUUCUUAUGAUCAUUUUUUAUUUAUUUAUUUUUUAUUUUUUUAUUUUUUCAAUUUUUUUUUAUUUUUUAAUGUUUAGUUUUUAGUAUCUAUGUAGGGGUUGAAUUUUUAAGAUUUAAUUGUAAUGCGCAAUUGAAAAUUCUUAUAUUGAUAAUUUCCCAAUAUAAGUCUAUAAAUUAUUAUUAUUAUUAUUAUUGAUGUUAAUACCUUGGUUAUGAAGUAUUUUUAGAUGCUAAAGAAAGUGUUUGAUUUUCAUGGUUUUAAAGAUAAAUGAGUGUUCAUCAUGGAUGUAAAGAUAAAUGAGUGUUUAAUUGCUUGUCUCAGGAUGUACUGCAAAAACAUCGCACGAAGUCCUAAAAACUCUCCGGACUUGAACCAGAAUUGAUUUUAGCAAGAUUGCGUGUUUUUAAAAGCCAACGAGUUUAUAGGAGAUGACUACCCGUACCGUCUCAUCGUGUCACUUAGGCAUAACCUGACACGAUGUCGAUAGUUUCGACUCCUGAUGGCCGGGAGCACUCGGAUUUCUUUUUUUCCGAGUACGCCUGUGUCACUUACUGAAUAAUACAUCAUUCUCAUUGUAAAUGCUAGGUGUCCUGUGCACUAGGCCCAGUCUGCGCCGAGGUGUUGUCAUUCGACACUAGGUCAAACCUCGGCAUAUACGUGCUUUUAUCGCUUGUUAUUUUCGCCUUUAUUUCUCGGAUAAGGAUCGUUUAACUAGUCUCGCAUCGAAGGAAUAGAACAUUACGGAAGCAUUACGGAUAUUUCAGCAGUUUUCAAGGUUACGGAUAGAGACAAUUGCUUGUUUGUAAGGAUUUCUUGUACGGUAUUGUAUUCGAACCAUGUAAGAGUCUUGUACUUUUCUAUGAGUCUGUUUCUUUGGAGUCUUUUCGAGUAGUUUUAACUGGGCUUCCUUGGUGAUGUGGUGGGCUUGUUAUGUAUAAUUCAUGGCUGUGCUACAGUAUUGUGCAAUGAACACAGUUUGCACGAGCAUUUGAAACCUCUUGUACCAAGAGGCUUUAAUCUUUUUGUUUCGUGACAGGUAGAUUGAGCAUGUUGUGGAGAAUUUUUUUUUUUCCCAAGCUUUUCGUUGUGAACUUUUAUUUGGUAAUGAAAAUUCAAAGAAAUAUUGCUUUUUGGUGAGAAUCUUCCCUUGAACUUUUGCACCAAAGUUUGAUGAAAUUUGAAAAGAGCAAUUAACGAAAUUCGGCAAUUUUCAUUUGCAUUUCUUUUGCACAAUACUGUAUAUGAAUUAAGACAACUUAGAGAAUGUUUCAAUUUCCUUUAGCUUUAUUGGUAUAAAUAAUAAAUGAAAGUUGGUGUUUGAUUAAUCAGUUAAGUACCUUUCUUAUUUUGUUGAUGAAUUAAUCUGCUUCUGUUUAAUCUGUUUCACCCUAACAUCAGCAUGUAUACUGUACUUUGUACAUUUCCUUAGGUGCUGACAAGGAAAAUUUCUUAAAUUAUCCCAAGCCUCUUAAGAGGGUGAUCAUUUCCUUUAUUCUCCUAACAUUAAUGUGUGAUUUGGGGGUGAAAUUUCAUGAGAAAUUAGAUUGCUAAUUACUCUUGGGGUUCAAAGAGUGAAGGCAAACUGUCUUCCAGAAAAUGAUUUUUAAAUUUACUUUUAGAAUGGGAAUACUUCACCCUAAUUUAUGAACCAGGAGAGCUAACCAAUGCCUCAACACUUUCCUCCUUCCAAACUGAAAUCACAUUCCGUUGUAACAAAAGUGCCGUAUGGAAAAGAUCUGAUGGUGAAAGUGGCAAUAAUAGUGUCACAUAUCCUCCAACAAGUGUGACUGUUACAAGUACAGAGGUAUAGUGGGUAAAUGCUACAGCUUUUAUAUAAAAUGCUUUUUGAGUCAGUGAGUGCUGUAGGAAAAUUGUAUCAUCAUCAUCAUGAAAAAAUCAUGAAAUUUGUAAUUCAUUCUGGUCUCCCAUGGUGACCAUAAUACCAUCACAUACUUUAAAUUUUAAUCUAUGCAAGCUUAAUAUAUUUGUGCACUUAAGAUCAGCUUUAGCUGUCCAAUCCUAAGAAGUUUUAAACUCCUCAGGAUUGGCUUUAAUUCCCUACUCUAGCUGCUACACAUUUCCUUGUACAUUUAAGUAACCAGAAUUUUGUGCUAGAUCAUGAUAACAACUUCUACCUGAUAAUUUUGAAUAUUCUCAUUACCUGUUUGCUUGAUACUGUAUGGGAUAUUAUAAGGAGAAGUUACUUGUUAAUCACUUCUGUGGGAGUUUAAGGUUUAAUAAGGUGGCUUCUAGGUUACCAAAACAUUAGACUCAAAUAACUGCAAAUGAGGUCAAAUUUUUUCAAAACAUGAUUAUUAUUACAAUUUCAUAAUUGCACACUGAAAUGAUAAAGAUAAAAUCUUAGGGUUUUUAGAGCAUUCUUAUAACAUGUCUGGCUGUUUUUCCUUUUUGUAAUAGAUUGGGGUAGUCUCGGUUAAGGUAGUGUUUGAGUAUAGUGGGGCUUGUUUCAAAGGAGGUGGAGGAGGAGGAGGAAAAGAUGACGAACCUUCAAAACCUCUGAGUGUUGGAUCAAUAAUGCUUAUUUUGUAAGUAGUAAGUUAUUAUGUUCAAGAAUUGUCCCUGUUUUUGAGUCAACUCCUGUUUUUCAGGACAUCCUCAGGGGGAGAUUUAGUGUCCAUAGAAAUUGGUUUUGUCUCUAAACGUAUAAAAUAAUAUGUAACUACGCAGACUUGAAUCUCUAAUGUGGCCUCACGAACUCGUAAAAGAUCUGUCUGCAAUAAGGAAAUUCUCUUGAUUGCACUCAAUUGAAGAAUGAUUUUUUUAUUUUCCUUUAUUGUAAUGUCACUUUCAAUUAUGCGAGUAAGUGUCUGUUAUAGUGGGAGGAAAACGCAAGUGAAAUGUUGUGCUGGAGAGCACAAAAGUGUCCACAUUUCUAUAAUAGCAAGAUUCUGUAAUAACAGGAGUUCAUUUCAGCAUUUCUUUUUGCCUUUCGCUGGGGGGCUGGGUCUUGUCUGCAAUGGCAUGGUGUCAUUCCUAACGAGGUGUCCACAGGCAGAGAUUCUAGGGUAGUGUGAAAUUAUAUAAACAAUAGCCUCCAUUUGGUGCAAAAAUAUGCUUGCAGAUUUUUCAUUAGACAUCAUCUGUUCCAAGAAGAAAAUAGAAAACUGAGAGUGAAGUUGGAAGAAAACUGUGAGUUACAAGGAACAGAUAAUGUCCAACGACAAAUAAACCUGCAUAUUUCUACACCAAAUGAAAAUUAAUGUAUUAGUUUAAAAAAUUAAUCAUUAAAUUACAGUCAGAAUUGUUUUUGAAUGUCUUUAGAUUCUUUCCUGGAGUAUUUUUGUAUUGUGUGGUGGGAGUGCUGGUAAAUAAAGGAGCAGGGAAAACAGGAAAGGAAAUGAUCCCAAACUCCAAAUUUUGGUCAGAUCUACCAGGAUUAAUAGCAGUAAGUGAGCUGUUUCAUUCACUGAUAUGAAGAAGAUUGUGAAGAAUAAAGUGUGGUGUGAAAAUUCUUUGGGAGUCUAUUAACAAUUUUUUUCUGUUCUGGGGAAUUAAUGUUUGUGGCUCAAGAUGGCUGAAAUCUUGUGUGAAAAUGACAAUUUUGCAAUCAAGCAGGAGAUAAAAACAAUGAAGAAAAAUAGAUUCAAAUUUUUCAAUAUUCAAGUUUUCCUUUCCUCUACAAGGGGAAGAUAAACAGAAGUUGAUCAGCACAUGAAUAUUUUGAGAGAGUUUAGAUAGAAAGGAUCCAAACUGACACAUGAUUCUCAUGCAAAGUUUUCAUUUCUGAGGCUGAUGAUGAUAAACUUUAAUAGCAACUUUGUUUUUUAAAUGGGAUAUAUUUUGUUUGGGAAGUUAAUUUUUGGAUCUAGGGAAAUUCCCUACAUCAGCAUAAGUUAAGACGUUAAAAAUGUUCACUCUACAGUUCAUCAUGUAGAGUACAAUUGGGUUUCAUUCGCUAGGUCCUGUGGCAUAAUCAAACUGACUUGGGCGGUGUGUAGUCUACUAUAAGCCAUAGAAUGUAUCUAAUGGUUCCCAAAAGCUGCUUGUGUGUGUUUGCAUGCGUGUGCGCGCGUGAGCGUGGGUGCGUGCACGUGCACGUGCAUGCAUGAACGUGCGCGCCCACGUUUUUGAGUGGGUGUGCUCGUCUGUGUGAUGUUUACUUUUAUGGUCAAGGAAUUAUGAAACCAUGAAAAUAUCAGGAAGAAAAAGAGAAUGGUCUGCUUUGUUAGGGAAGACCCACGCUACUAUUUCUCCGAUUCUUUUUUUUUUUUUUUUUUUUUAAUAUGGCCGUGGGCCAUCGAUUCUCGCUCUAUUGGACUGGUUUUGUUGCUUGGUCUAAGGGUAUGUUUAUUGGAUAUGAUAUUGAUUAGCCUCUGCAGUUCAAGUUAUUGGCUCACGGAAAGAAGUGAUGAUUCUAACUUUAUAAAAGAAUUUCUCAGUUUCUCUGACCAUGCAUACUGCUCUUAAUGCUCUUGCUUCUGUUUAAUCCUUUAAUAUUUCAUUGAGAGGACAUACCACCCUCUCACUCGCAAUCUAUUUUUCUGUACGUGAACCUCCCAUCAUCGUUUUGUUUUGUGUUGCGCCGCACUUUAGCUCGAAAAGAAAAUGUUUUUUAAUCAGUACUUUCUUUUUCAGGAUGGGUUUUCCUUUGUUCUUGCUAAGAUCACUUGUUCUCAGAUGACCACCUCACGACAGAGUUACAAUUCCAUGUAAUCCAGCCUAAUAUUUUAGGUCUUGACGCGUAUACAGUCUCUAUUUUUCCAGUAGGUUUUUUUCAUGACAUGCGGCUAGAUAGAACUUAGUAACUCCAGUAGUAAUUCAGUAAAAAGAAGCGGCUUAACUGAUAGUUGAGAUAAAGGCAAAAGAUAAUUAGUUAAUAUAACCCCUUACACCUUAACAAUAGUAUGAAUUAUCUCCACACUGUUGUCCAAAUAAUUCCUAAAGUGCAGAUAAGGAAAAUUUGUUUAGCAGUCAAGAGCUUCUUUAGUUGGUGACCAUUUCCUUUGUUUUCGUGUCCUGAAUGAGUGAUUCGGGGAUGAUAUUGUAAGGAGAAAUUAGAUGCUAAUCACACUCAGGGGACAAGUGUGGCGGGUCCCCUCACUUUAUAGACAUAAUUUUACAGUCUGUGAACUAUUCUGACAAAGUGGGAAUGUUGAAGACGACUGAAGAAGCGGAACGCGGGGAGUAGCGGUGGUGGCCAGGAAGGGGGGGGGGGUUGGGUAGAAUUCGUCUCACCAAGCUCCCUUAGGGUACACUUCCUCAUCACGUGUUGUGCUCAUGGUGAAUGCUUGUAUUCGCUCUGCUUGUCUUAAAAAAAGAGGGAUAAGUGAACAGAGUGGAAACAAUUUUUUAGAUGCAGUAGAGGGAACGCCUUAUGGAAUUAGCUCUAAACUUUUGUCAGAUCAAAAGAUUUUAAAAUAAUUUUAGAUGAUUUUCAGAAACACGACUUUCCGUCCUUUUCGUAGCCAUUGCUAAAACAAAGUUGACGACUUUUUUUGGCUGAACCCUUUAACGCAUAAGAUCUAGUUGUUAGUUAUCCCAUCGAGCUGCUACACAUUUCCUUGUGAAUUAGUGAAAACUCGGAGCCUCAGGAACAAGACGUUGGGCAGAAAUCAGUUUGAUAAUCAGUAGAUAUUGUAAAAUUCAGUUUACUUCCUUAUCAUGACUAUACAUUCACUGAUUUAUGAAUCGCAUACGCUAAUCCUUUCGUAGGUAUUAAAGAUCAAUCAAUAUCAGUGGCGAUGGUGAUUUCACGUCGCUAUUUUGCAGAGGACGGCUAAGAAAUGACCAAAGUCAUAAAACGCACAUGUUGAGCUAGUCGAGCUGUUGUUCUGCUUAUUACAUCUUUUGACUCUUUUCACGUCCACAUUGCCGUCGCCGUAGUGUUUGCUCAAGGUCCCUAAUAAAUUGAAUUCGUAAAGCUCGUUCGUUAAAUGCCAAUGAGUUUCAAUGAUCAGUAAAUGCUAAUACGAAGAACAACUGUUGUGAAUAUUUAUUCAAAUACGUCUCGAUGAGUUAGGAAACGAAUUAUGCGAAUUCUCUCUGAUAGGAAAUUUUCGUGGGAGCGUUGCCUGCAAAAUACUCAAACAAUUUUGUAUUUACAUUUCUAUUGAAUAUCAGCCUGAAAGAACAAUGAAGCACAAAAUAAAUUUUGCUAAAAACUCUACUAGAUAUCGAAAUACCAUGUACGAAGCAGAUUGAUCGAGAAGAAAUUUGCUUCACAAUUACAGUUAUCGAAGACUGUCGCUGGUAUUUACUGUAAACUCUAUCUCCGAAAAAUUGCCUUUUGUCUCUCGUCUCUGCCGCCUACAUGAGCAUUACCAGAAAUAAAACAGCCCAUGAGAGAUUUGAGAGGAGAAGUAGAUUGAAAUGCAAGAGGUAAUUUAGUCAAAAAACGAAAUGACACUCGCAAGUUGAAAUUCAUUUCAUUAACCAUCGUACGUUACACAUGUGACGCGUGUCUUAUGAAAUUCGUAAUAGAACUUGCUCACUGUGGGGUCUCUGUAGCUCAGAGCAUCGGAGCGCGGAAUCCGAAGGUCUGAGGCUCAGUGGUAGAGCAUCGGAGCGCAGAAUCCGAAAGUCUGAGGUUCGAUUCCUCAUGGGGACUCAGAUUUUUUUCUUUUUUCUAUGCACGUGCAAGACGAAAAAUAACUUUCGCUAGAUUACAACAGUUAUGACAGCUCGAUUUUGCGCCAACGGAAAAAACAUAUUUCAGUCUGAAAUAGCGAUAGAAUGUUCAGGGGGAUAGGAAAGUAUUGAUAAAUAAACAAGAGUCAAAAGCAGUUAACGAAAUACCCUCGUUCAGUCUGGUAAAAGAUUUGGCACAAAUUAAGUGUACAUUCAGUAAUCUGCGUAAGAAUUCAAAAUGGCGUUUGAUAAAACGGAAAGCGCAUCUGGGAACCAGUUUUGAUUUUCGAGUUCGGUUGGAGAAGCAACCAGCAUGAUUGGUGAGAGGAUUUCAUAUGGAAGGAGUUGGACUAAAAGUUUUACUUAAAAACCCUG